UCUUCUUCAUUACUCAAAAAAGACUUUUAUUACAUUGUAUAUAGACACACAUUGAAACUGAAACAACAUAGAAAAAUAAAAAAUUGUGUGUGAAAAAAGUGUUUCAAUUUCAUUAUCAAUGGCUUCGAAAUUGUUAAUGAUCAGUGUCUUCGUUUUCGAUGUAAUUGCUUUUGCUUUGGCUAUUGCUGCUGAACAGAGACGGAGCACUGCCACAAUUCAAACAGAUAAUGAGCAAGUGUAUACUUAUUGUGUCUAUGACUCCGAUAUUUCAACUGGAUUUGGCGUUGGCGCCUUCUUAUUUCUCAUGGCCGGACAAAUCCUUAUAAUGGUGGCGAGUCGUUGCUUCUGUUUUGGAAAGCCUUUGAGCCCCGGUGGUUCAAGGGGUUGUGCUGUUCUGUUAUUCAUCAUGUGUUGGGUUACAUUUUUCAUCGCGGAGGUAUGUUUGUUGGCUGGUUCAGUAAGGAACGCGUAUCAUACCAAGUAUAGAUCAUCGCUCUUGUUUAAUGAUCGACCUGUAUCUUGUGAGACUGUGAGAAAAGGCGUUUUUGCUGCUGGAGCUGCGUUUAUUUUCUUCACUAGCAUAAUCAAUAAGUUUUACUUUAUCAGUUACUCCAACGCUAAGGGUGGAGCCGGACCAUAUGGUGGAGAAGCUGGUGUGGGAAUGGCAGCUUACAAAUGAGUGUGAUCAAUCAUGAAGUUCUAUAUGUAUACAAUUUUUUCCAGUUUUUAGUUGUACUUGACUUCAUAUUUUGGUACUCUUGGUUUUUUUUUUUCUUUGGAGAAUGUUUAGGUGUUCAAAAGGUGUUUGAUCCAUUUUUUUUUUUUUUGGUAUUGGUGUUUAUAAGAUAGUAUUUUUGAAGA